AUGUACACUACUUGGGCUACGGCCGGACAGUGUUCGAGCUUCCAGCACCAGGCAGCGGGCGAGUGCCCACGCCCGCGGCGCCGUAGCUGCCUGUCGCAGACUCGUGCCCGCGGCCGCUCUGGUCCGCCUCGGCCGCGUCACGUCGUCCGCCGCCUUUGGCUCCCUUCGCAUCCGCUCCGCCUCGUGCCCUCCUCGCUGGCCGCUUGCAACCGCAGCCAUCGGGUGCUUCGCCAUCCCCAAAUCCCACACUCCUCGCCCGAUGCGUUCGAUCCAGUGAGCUCCGACGCUGACAUCAACGCCGUCUCGCUUCUUCGGCGCCUCCUCGACCGUCCGGAGCAUGCCAACCGCCCCCCAACGCCAGCGCGCAUCCGCGGCCGCGCCUGCCGUUUCGUGGCCAUGCGCUGCCGCCUCCCGCGCAUCCUGGCCGACUCCUGCGCGUCCGGCUCCCCAGCGUCGCCUACGCCUGGCCACGUCGCCCGCGCCCGCCCGGCCUCUUGGCCCCGCGCGCUCUCCUCCCCGCGUCGGGUCCGGGCCCCGCACCCGCCGACUUGCCGCUCCAGCCGGCGGCCGGCUUCCGCCCGCGUCACGCCCAGCCGCUCGCGCGCCCCGCCGGCUGCUGGCCUCCCGCGCUGGGUCCGGCCUCCGCUCCGCCGGCUGCUGGCCUCCCGUGUCGGGUCCGGCCCCCGCGCCCGCCGGCUUGCCGCUCCAGCCGGUGGCCGGCUUCCGCCUGCUUCCCGGCCUGCUGGCUUAGCCACGCCGGCUCGCCUCACGCCCGCACCGCCCCGCUCCGCGAACCGUGUCAGGCUCCCUUGCCACGCCUUUGGCCAGCCAGGUCGCGCGCCUCCGCUACGGGUCGAGCGUCGCGGCCAGCUGUGCUCCGUUGCACCCUGGCUCCGGCCGGCUCCUGCCGCUAGCCCCUCGCGUGCGCCGGGUCGCCGCUCCCCCGCCGGCUCCCUCCCGCAUCGCCCCGACUCUAUCCGCGCCGCCGGGUCCCCUCGACGGCCGGUGUCCGCCUCAGCGUCCGCGCUCGCCGCCCACCGGCUCGCCACUCCGUCCGGCCCCGGCCGGCUGGCCCUCUGCCCCGCUCAGCUGGCCGGCUCCGGCCCGGCCCUCACAGCUCUGGCCGGCUCGGCGCGUUGCCGGGCCUGCCCCGCGGCCGACUCCGCUCGCAUCCCGCAUCGGGCCGACUCCCUGUCGCCGCCUCACGUCCACUCCGCGCGCGUCCUCGCUCCCAGCGCCGGCUGCUGCCCUGUAGCUGGCCUCCUCUGCUCUGUUGCACCCUGGCUCCGGCCGGCUCACGCCGCUAGCCCCUCGCAUGCACCGGCUCGCCGCUCCCCCGCCGGCUCCCUCCCGCAUCGCCCCAACUCUGUCCGCGCCGCCGGAUCCCCUCGAUGGCCGGUGUCCGCCUCGGCGUCCGCGCUAGCCGCCCGCCGGCUCGCCAAUCCGUCCGGCCCUGGCCGGCUGGCCCUCUGCUCCGCUCACCUGGCCGGCUCCGCCCCGCGCCGACUGGCCGGUUCCGCCUGGCACCCGCGCGUCGGCCGCCUCUGA